AUGCGCUCCCCUUUUCUCUUCAAGCUCGGCUUGGCGACCGCCUUCGCCUCUCUCUCGACAGCUCAUACCGCGUUCACUACCCUCUUCAUCGACGACGUCAACCAAGGCGAUGGAACCUGUAUCCGCAUGUCCAAGGAGGGCAGUCUCUCCACCCAUCCCAUUGCCGGUGGCCUCGACACCGAGGACAUGGCGUGCGGCCGAGAUGGUCAACAGGCCGUGGCAUACACAUGCCCGGCCCCGGCUGGCUCCAAGUUAACUCUCGAGUUCCGCAUGUGGGCCGAUGCCUCGCAGCCGGGCGCCAUCGACCCCUCCCACAAAGGUCCCAUGGCCGUCUACCUCAAGCCCGUUUCCGACAUUCAGUCCGACUCAGCCGCCGGCCCGGGCUGGUUCAAAAUCUGGGACGAGGGCUACGACGGGGCCGCCCAAAAGUGGGCCACCGAGAAGCUCAUCGCCAACAACGGCCUCCUCAGCCUCAACCUGCCCUCGGCCCUGCCCACGGGAUACUACCUCGCCCGCCACGAGAUCAUCACAUUGCAGAACGUAACCAACGAAGUUGUUGAUGCACAAUUUUACGUCGGAUGCGCCCAACUCUUCAUCCAGGGCACCACCACCACCUCCGUUCCCUCCGACAAGCAGGUCUCCAUCCCCGGCCACGUUGCAGCCGGCAACCCGGCUUUGACCUUCAACGUCUACAAGGAUGAUCCGAGCACCUACUCCCUGAUCGGACCCGAGAUCUUCUUCCCCACCAUCUCCCCCGCCAUCGCCAAUACCAAAUCCCAGCAAACCGUGGAGCAGACCGAAGGCGCGGUCCCCUCCGACUGCCUCCUCAAGAACGCAAACUUCUGCUUCACCGAGGUCCCCUCGUACGACUCCGAGGCCGGCUGCUGGUCCUCGGCCGAGAACUGCUGGAAGCAGCUCGACGCGUGCUACAAGACGGCCCCGCCGACAGGCAGCAAGGGUUGCAAGCUCUGGGAGGAGCAAAAGUGCUCCGUCUUGCAGCAGGCUUGCCAGUCGGGCCAGUUCCAGGGCCCGCCGGACGCGGGGAAGAAGUUGGGACAGGACGGGGUCGUGAAUCAGCCUAUUCCGGGGGGCAAGAUACCCGCUGCGGUGAAUGUGAAUGCUGCGGCUGGUGGUGGCGGUGAUGGUGGUGGACAAGAGGCCGAGUCCACGCCGACUUCAACUUCGGCCGCCGCGGCUGCGACAAAGACUUAUAUCUCGAAGUGCAUGAACCGUCGUCGUGAUCGCCAGCUGCGGAGGAGGUUGAGCUGA